CGUGAGCUACCAAACAGCAUGUUUUUGUUCACGCUGCGGUGCGGUUCUGGAUAAGUUUCCUAUUUUUCGAUUAAAAUCCGGGUAGUUUUUAUGAAAAUCGUCGAAAAACGGAAUCAAUAGAAGGAGAUGGGUCUUACGAAACAAUAUUUGGCAUUCAAGCCAGUGUCAAACUUCAAUAUCAUCGCCAGCGGACGAGCGAAUGUUGCGUUCGUUUCCGUCGGCGGUGUGGAUGGCCGAUUUGUGGCCGUGGCCGGAGCCGAGCAGGUCCUGGUUUGGAACACUAGGCUCGGAGAAAAAGCGAUGGAACUCGUGCGGGACAAACAGGAAGUAACCUAUCUUCGACCGAGUCCGGAUCAGAAGCAUCUGGCCGUGGGCUAUACGGAUGGGGUAAUUGAGAUGUUCAGCUUUGAAAGCAAGCAGUCGGUGUGUACUUUUGCGGCGCACCGAUCAGCAGUUAGUGCGAUGAAUUUCGAUCUAAUUGGGUUGAAGCUAGUUUCCGGCGGGUUGGAUAACGAUCUGGUCGUGUCGGACGUCGUAGCACAGAGUGGAAAGUGUCGACUGGUGGGGCACAACGGAGCCAUUACGGAGGCUUGCUUCAUGCAGCGGUAUCACGAUGUGGUGCUGUCCAGUUCCAAGGAUACCCAAAUCAAGUUUUGGAACAUUGAAACUGAAAGCUGCUUCAAGACGAUCGUUGACCAUAGGACCGAGGUUUGGGGAAUAGCACUGAUGAGGAACGAUGAUUUUUUGGUGGCAGGAUCGGGAGAUUCUCAGCUUUCUGUAUAUAAAGUUGCUGAAAAUAGUAGCAACCCAAUUGCGGAGCCAACGGGAGAUCUGGAUGAUUUGCUACUGGAAUCGGAAGCCACGAGUCCAUUCAGGUGUACGCAGAUUGGGAAUAUCCAGCGGUCCGGUUACGGCAGGACGAUUAAUUUAGUAGUGGAAAACAAUGGACAAAUCUUGGGGUGCCACGGCACGGACAAGAAGAUUGAAUUGUUCUACUUUUACAAUGACGAUGAGGCCUUGGUUCGUCUAACGAAACGAUUGAAGAAACUCGACGCAAAGUCCAAAGGCGAGGACAAUACGAACACCAAUUCAGUGGAGCGUCAACUCUCGCUAACUGACGAAAUCAAACGUCUUCCGGCGGUUCAGGUGCCGGAGAAAGUCAAAUCAUUCGAUCUGCUUUUGGGAAGCAACAACGAGCUUCGAAUCUGUGUCACCUACGUCAAGAACUUUGUCCAGGUAUUUACAUUGAACGUAGCGGAGAAGCACGCAGAGGCGAAUGCCAUUCAUACCAUUCGCCAGCCGGGCCAUCCUUCGGAGGUCCGCAGCGUGGCCUUCAGCUCGGAUAGCUUGGCAAUCGCUUCCGGCAGUGGUGAGUCGUUGAAACUUUGGAGCAGGGCCUCGCAGGCUUCGUUGAGGACAAUCGAAACGGGUUACGUCGUUAGUACUUGUUUCGUGCCAGGAGAUCGUCACGUAUUGGUUGGUCUCAAAACCGGACAGCUGCUAAUUGUGGACAUCGUAACGGGAGAAACUAUCGAGCGAAUUGCGGCCCAUGAGAAAGAGCUGUGGAGUAUAGUUCUGAUGCCAGAUAUGAGAGGAUGUGUAACUGGAGGCGGCGAUACGACGGUCAAAUUCUGGAGCUUUGAGUUGAUCGCGGAUCCAACCAAGGACGAUAAAAGCGAAGUCAAAGUACUCUCCCUGCUGCACAAGAACGUUCUAAAACUCGAAGAAACCGUGUUGUGUGUGCGUAUUUCCCGCAACAGCAAGUACAUCGCUGUGGCCCUUCUGGAUUCCACGGUGAAAAUCUUCUUCCUUGAUACACUCAAGUUCUACCUCUCCCUUUACGGCCACAAGCUCCCGGUCUUGUGCAUGGACAUUUCGUACGAUUCGACCAUCAUCGUGACAGGUUCCGCCGAUCGGAGUAUCAAAAUCUGGGGCAUGGACUUUGGUGACUGCCAUAGAUCCUUGAUCGGGCACGACAACUCCAUCAUGGGACUGGAGUUUAUCCCCAAAACUCACCUAUUCUUCUCCUGUGGCAAAGACGGCAAACUCAAGCAAUGGGAUGCCGAUAGUUUCGAGAAGAUCAUUACUCUCCCAGGACACGUCGGCGAAGCGCACAGUUUAGCCGUAAGCCCAAAUGGAAAAUACGUUGUCAGCUGCGGUUCGGAUCGAACCCUCCGCCUAUACGAACGAACCGAUGAACCUCUGAUCCUGCAGGACGUCCAGGAAGAAGAACGAGAAGAACUGGAGAACAAAACCCUCGCCACUGGCGAGGACUCCAGCGUUCCUGGUUUGCCAGGCCUCAAACUACCUUCCAAGAAGACAAUCGGUUCGGAAAAAGCUGCUGAGAAUAUCCUCGAGUGUUUGGAAGUUAGCAAAACGUUCGAAGAAGAGGAAACGAAGAACAUCAUCCCGCCACUGAUGUUUGCCUAUGAAGCUACCAAUACCGAUGACUUCCUACUGGCAGUCCUCACUCGCAUCCGUGCUAGCGAUUUGGAAGAAGCCCUUCUACUUCUUCCUUUCUCAGCAGUAUGUGAACUCCUCGAACGGAUCCCGAAGCUCACACAAAGCCGCAAAGAUCAGACGGAGAUCAUCUGCAAAGUGGUCCUGUUCCUGUUCCGAAUCCAUCAAAAGCCUAUCGUGAACAAUCAGAUUCUCCUGCCGGUGAUUCAGGAUAUUAUCCACAAUCUUCAAGGUGCGAUCGUUGAGCUGCGGGACAUGGUCGGGGUCAACUUUCACGGAAUGCAAAUGCUGCAGCGAGAAGUGGAAGCCAACCAGGGGGUUGAACUAUUCCGAGAUGCCACCAAGAGCAGACGGCAAAAGGAUAUGAGACGCAAGCGGAAGGAAGCAGCCGCCAAGAGAACGUUAGUUCAGAUCAGCACGUAAAUUAUAUACAGAUUGUCUAUUCUAUUUGAACCAAUAAAGUUAUCGAAA